CCCGAAACUGCUUUAGAUGGCUCUUGAUUUAUUGCGCUUCUCUGAGUGCCAUCGAGAGAAGAGGAGAAACUGUGAUUGGUAAAUUUUUCAUCCAAGGAUAUAUUUCCCGCUAAAAGACUCUUAUUUUCCAUCGAAAGCGGUUCCAUGAAUCAGGCACUUUCUCACUGCUCAUGCAAAAGUUUUGUAUGAGAGUUUGAGUUUACACAAAUGCGUUUCAUUGAAAUAAAACUAUUAGUAACCUCAAAACUGGCAAUAGCUGUAAAACUGUUUCUAUAGUAACCGAAGGAAUCGAUUUUUUGAUAUUGAUGAUUUUGUUUUGAUUCUAAGCAAACUAAACAUAUGCUUAAAUUGAUAGGUUAAAGUCGUGCACGUAUUUGCAAUUUAAAUCAACAAACCCGUUCUACUAUGCCUUCUGAUUUUAGCGCUUUCAAUCCAAUGUUUCCAGCUAGAACCUGGAAACUUAAAAUGAGAUCCGCGUUCUCCCAAUUUGGCGAUAUGUUUAGUCAGUUCGGGAAGAACAUCGCACCGACUUACUAUCACGAUCGGUGUGAAAGGUCUGUUCAGAUGAGGCUAUAUAGCAUGCACAAACGUGAGUUUGUUCUGGUCAUAUCUGCAUUCUUUGCAAGCUUUGGACUUUUUUUAUUUUUUGGACUUGCAGGACCUCCUAUCACUAACACUGUCACUAUUAAUGCUACUAAACUUACUCCAAAACUUAAUAACUCUCAAAUGGCUACUGGACCUUUUUUACUUCGUUCCCCUGCAUUAUCAACAUUUAGCCAGCAACUUUGGGUGAUUUCAAGAGUUAUUCUGAAGCAAGGCGAUGAUGAAAGAUUUAACAAGCCAUUCCAUGUGUCAGUAUCUAUUCAUGGCAUUUCUGAUCAAAAUAAAAUUAUUGUUGUUUUAAGUGAGCAGCAGAGUCAUAAUCGAACUCGAGAAUUACAUUGUUUAGAAAGUGCUUGUGAAGAAUUUACAGUUCUGCAUCUUGGUUUUCUUGAUUUUGCUCACUAUAUUAUAACGAUUAAUUUUUAUGGUCUUGAAAGAAUUGAAGAAAACUAUCAUAUUAAAGAUGUAAUUUUUUAUUUCAAGACAUAUAACCCAUCUUUCACGAAAAUUGAAAUUUGGUUUCGAUGUGUUUUUAUUGUUAUGGCUUUUGGAACAACUUGCUGGUUUGCAUAUUCUUUAAGAUUCUUUUGUUUCUUUGACUGGUCUAUUGAGCAAAAGUGGAUAUCCCUUCUCUUACCUUUAUUAGUAUUGCAUAAUGAUCCCAUCUUUCCCAUGUCAUUUCUUGUCAAUAGUUGGGUGCCUGGUAUGUUAGAUGCCAUGUUUCAAGCUACAUUUUUAUGUGCCCUACUUUUAUUUUGGCUUUGUAUAUAUCAUGGAAUACGGCAGAAUGAAAGAAGUUUUACAAAGUUUUAUUUGCCUAAAUGCAUUAUAAUAGGCAUGCUUUGGCUCUCGGCAUUCACUUUGGCAUCUUGGCAAAAAUUCAAUGAAUUGAGAGACCCUACUUACAAUUAUAAAGUAGACACUGGACACUUUAUGGGGUUCAAAACUUUUUUCUUCAUUGUUGGAUGUAUUUAUUUGAUAUAUUUGUGUUUUUUAAUUAUAAGAGCUUAUACUGAACUCCGAUCUAUGCCAUUCUUUGAUGUUAGGUUAAAGUUCCUUACUGUUCUCAUGGUGAUUGUUCUUUCACUAAGUAUAACAAUUACAGUUCUAAGGUUUGGUGUUUCUGUGCUACAAGAUAAUUUUGUUGCUGAAUUAUCUACAAAUUAUGGAAGUUCUGCUGAAUUCAUGUCCUUUUACAGUCUACUGAAUUUUUAUUUAAUAACUAUGGCAUAUGUUUAUGCCCCUCCAAAAAGGGCGUGUUAUGAAACAAGAAUUAAAGAUAAUCCAACGCUGUCAAUGAUAAAUGAUUCAGAUGAAGAUGUAAUAUAUGCCUCUGACUCUGAAAAUAGGCCUCUCAAUCCUAUCAAGAAAAGUCCAGACAAAGAAGAAAGUGACUAAUAGUAGUAUGAAGUCUUUAUCUUCAAAGGUCCAUUAAUUUAAUGAAUAUCAUCUUUGUAACACAUGUGUUAAUUUUAAACUUUAAAAUCCUUUUUAUCUGUGAUUUAAUUUUCACAUUUUAAACCAAGAAAAUUUUAUCGUUUUUGUUUUGAAAUUUAUUUUCCCAAUGAUUCUAUUUUUAGCUGUUAAAAUGAUUCUAUUUUAGGAUCUCUAUUUUUAGAAUUUAAAGUUUCAUAUUUUCAUGACUUUAUUCUCAUAUUUAUUAUAUCUUCAAUAACGCUACUAAAGCAAGCAUUUAUAAAGCUUUUAUCAAUGUGAAUUAUGAUUUUUUUUGCAAUUUUUAAUGUUUUAGGUAAUUUUUUGCAUUUAGGGCAAAGGAAGUUAUAUCUAGUCUUUUUUUGCUGAAACAUUAUAUUACUUAAUUUUUUCACUGUUUUAAUCCUAUAUUUUAGACAUUUAAUAAUUGAAUCUAGUCAUAUUUGUUUAUAUUGUUAUUUUGUUUUUGAAUGUUAACAAUUGGGUACUUGCAACUUGAGAAGAAGACUAUCACUGAUACACAGACAUGUGACCUCACAUCCAGCUGAUCAUUUAUAAACAAUAUAGUGUGUUAAAUUUGAGUUAAGUUUCUUCACAUAAGUAAGAAUGUUAAUUAAAUACAACUCCGUAUCGCUCACCGAAUUUUGUUAAAAUAUAAUUCUCGUCUACGUUUUUUACUUACUUAACUUAGAUUUAUUAUUCCUUCAUGUAUUUUAUUAUAACCGUGAUAUAUUUUUGUUUUGUGUACCUGGUAACUUUGACGCAUAAUUAGUUGGUUUUUAUUCUACAUGGCUUUAUGCCUGUUUGUUAUGUUAGAAAUAUGUUGAAAAAGAAUUGAAAUCUUGGGGAAAGAUUCUUUGUGAAAGAAUAUAGAAUGUGUCACUUAAGGUAAUUGAUACUUGACGAGAUUGGAUUACUCAAAAUGAAGAAUGGAAAGCACAGUUGCUUACAUAAACAAAUGCAACAUUUCAACAACUAAUCAGGAUCGAAAUGCCCGCACUACGUUACUUGCAGAUAUCCCAUUGUUGUGCAUUGUUUCUUCUGAAUCUUAUGAAAUACAAUUGACAUUUUUAUUGUUCUUUUAUUUUAAUUUUGUUUUUAUAAUGAGAGAGAAGUGUGACCCUGCCUUUUUUAAUUAAGUUUGUAACUGUGAUUUUUAGAAUCUUAAGAUUUAAACAAGUCCUAUCUUUGUUUAAAUAUUUAUUUAUUUAUUUCAUGUUUAAAUAUGAGUAAAUGUUUUUUUUUUGUUAAUAUACUUGUAAAUUUAUUAAACUACCAUUAAUUUUUUUUAUUUGUUCUUCCAUUUUGCUUCUAGUUUAAUUUUUCACUAUCUGAGUGAUAAAAGUUUGACUUAGUCCCUUUUUGUUAAAUGUAUCGUGUAAUAUCAUUUUUAUUGUUAUUGAUGGAUUUCCUCCUAUUUUCAGCAUUUCAAGUUAUACAAAUAAUUUCUUUCGUUCAAAUAUUUCUUUUCACAGUUAAAUGUUGCAUUUUGUAUUAAUUUUCAAUUUAACUACUAUGAAAUCUUAAUGAAAUAAAAGCUACUAGAUUUUUUUACAGCACACAUAUUUAACCAUAUUUUUUCAUGUUUAUUUCUUUUAAAAGUCGUUUGCUUUGUUUAGAACAAAUGUAAACCUCACUUUGUGCCGAUUCUUUCGCUAUAGAGCAUUCUUGUAUUGAAUCUUGAUGAAUUUAAUUAAUGCAGGCUUGUUUA